AUGGCAUCCGUCCAGAAUGCCCCCGCCACCUUCGACUUCCUCGCGGUGAACUGCGUUCCGGAGUCGCACGUGUGGACGGAGCAGAAGGACUAUCCUGUGGUGCCCGAGUCGGCAGGGCCCGAUGCGGUGCCUGUGGUUGACAUGGCCGACGCCACAGAUGGUGCCAUCGCCGCCGUGGCGCGGGCUGCAGAGGAGUGGGGUGGGUUCCUUCUCGUGGGACAUGGCGUGCCGAUCGAGCUCCUCGCACGCGUCGAGGAGCAGAUCAAGCGCCUGUUCGCGCGCCCGGCUUCGGAGAAGGAGCGAGCCGCGCGUGGUGAAGGCUUCAAGAACGGCUACGGCGUGCCACCCUAUGCGCUCUACUUCUCCAAGCUGAUGUGGUCGGAGGGAUACACUUUCUCGGCCGCUGACGUCCGCUCGGAGUUCCGACGGAUCUGGCCCGACGGCGGUGACGACUACCUUGGCUUCUGCGAUGUGAUGGAAGAGUUCCACAAGGAGAUGAGGGCCCUCGGUGUCAAGGUGCUGGACAUGUUCUACAAGGCGUUAGGGCUUAGCGCUGACCAGAUUGCCGGUGGCGAGGUGGAACGCCAGAUCCGUGACACGCUGACGGCCACCAUGCACCUGAACAUGUACCCCAAGUGCCCAGAACCGGAGCGCGCGAUCGGGCUCGCGGCGCACACAGAUUCGGGCUUCUUCGCCUUCAUCAUGCAGAGCCUGGUGCCGGGGCUGCAGCUGCUCCGGCGUGGGCCUGAGCGGUGGGUCACCGUGCCUGCCCUGCCCGGGGCGCUCGCCGUCGUCAUCGGCGAUCUCUUCCAUGUCCUCACCAACGGCCGCUUCCACAGCGUGCUUCACCGGGCCGUCGUAAACCAGGAUCGCGAGCGCGUCUCAGUGCCUUACUUUCUAGGGCCACCGAAAGACAUGAAGGUGUCUCCGCUCGACGCGGCGAUUCUUCAGGGGAGCAAAGCUGUGUUCCCUACCGUGACAUGGGCUGAGUACAUGGUGGUAAGGGAGAAGACGUUCGGUAAGGACGCGUCGGCUCUUGCAAUGCUGCGGGUGACCGGGGAUGAAGAAGAUGCAGAGCUUGCCCAAGACAUGAAUAAUUGAUCGUUUCUUUUAUUGAAAA